AAUCCUAACUUUCAGGAAGUUACAACAUCUGUUUAGUUAGGUGUCAGACAGAAAGAAGAUAUGAAAUAGUCCUUUAAAUAUUCGAUAUUCGCACGUUACGUUUAUUUAAUACAAACGGCUUGUUCUGAAUUCGUCUCUGUGCCAAAAUCACCUAAUUUUCUAAUUGUUAGAAUAGCUAGCAAGCCUGACUAGCCUGGCCACGGAUUCCAGUUAGCCAACAGUUACACUUUCGAUUUCAGUCGAUGGUUUGUUUAUCGGCUAGUAAAACUUAUCACAUGGAAAAUCUCCAAAUGUCUGAUUGUGGCUUCUAGUGUAAAUACUACUGUAAAUAUAGCUCGCUGACAUUAAUGGCUCCCAAGAAGAAACCAUUACCGUGUCCGCUGCCUGAAGGGUGGAUUCUGAUUGAUACAGAAAAGAGAAAGUGGCGUCUCGGCAAAAUCAUCGGAAAAGGCGGCUUCGGACUCAUCUACCUGGCUUCAGACCGUGUGGAGUCAUCUGUAGCAGAGGAUACUGAUUAUGUGAUUAAAGUUGAAUAUCAUGAAAAUGGACCAUUGUUCUCAGAGCUGAAGUUUUACCAAAGAGCAGCAAAACCUGAAAGCAUCAGCAAAUGGAAAAGACUGAAACGCCUUGAUUUUUUGGGAAUCCCAAUGUAUUGGGGCUCAGGACUAUCUGAACAUAAUGGAACAAGGUACAGAUUCAUGGUGAUGGACCGCCUGGGCACUGACCUGCAGAUGUUGUUCAUGGAAAAUGGUCAACAGCUAAAGAAGCAGACAGUGUUGCAGUUGGGUUGCCUCAUGGUGGACGUCCUGGAAUAUAUUCAUGACAAUGAAUACGUCCAUGCUGACAUUAAGGCUGCCAAUCUCUUACUGGGCCACAGAGAUCCAGACAAGGUGUACUUGGCUGACUACGGUCUGUCGUAUAGAUACUGUCCUAAUGGAGAGCAUAAAGAAUAUAAAGAGAACCCAAAGAAAGGACACAAUGGCACGAUUGAGUAUACAAGCAUUGACGCUCACAGAGGUGUAGCCCCAUCCAGACGAGGGGACCUGGAGGUGCUGGGCUACUGCCUGCUCCACUGGCAAUGUGGAACUCUCCCCUGGCUGUCAAUGCUCAGAAAUCCAGUACAGGUCCUGGAGGCCAAGUCCAAGCUUAUGAAUGAGCUGCCAGACUCUGUGAUCCAAAUGUCCACCUCUGGCAGUCUAGCUGAAUUAGCCCAGUUCCUACUGGCUGUGAAAACCCUGGGCUACAAAGAAAAACCAGACUACGAUGCUCUGAGGAAGGUACUAUCACAUGUCAAGCCUCGAGGCCCAAUGGACCUUUCCAGACCGAGAGCAGCAGAGUCAUCCAGGCCAGCGGCAAACAGGACCGAGCCUGCAGUCAAAUCAACUAAACAGAAGAUGACUGCGACUUAUGAUGAACACCUCAAUAAACUGCACCACAGAACCAAAGAAAAAGCAAAAACAGAUGAAUUGAUGCCUUCCAAAGUCCAUUCUGCAGCCGACAAAUGUACAAGGUCCAGACGUGUGGCCUUUUUCCUUGAUGAAGACCAGGAAGACGAAUGUGAUCCUUUGCCACCAAGAUUCCACCCCAAAACACGACAAGGCACAAAGCAAAGACAUAAACAAUUGGCUCCAGGAUUUGGAUUGAGGAAAAGACCAGAGAAUGAUCUGCAAAUGCGGAAACAGCACAUCACAUCGGAGUAUCAGGAUUUCAGUCCUGAUGUCACUGACCACCGGGGAAGAAAUUACCACGCGUUCGAAGACAACUACACAAGAACCAAUGACGGGGAGGACUACUGGGACAAACCAAAAUAUAACUGCUAUGUGGAAUCUGAUUAUAAUAAGCAUGGAUUGAAAACUGACAUGCACAGUGAAUGGUACAUAGUAAAAGACAAGCCUUUUAUACAGUGCAGCUGUAAAAUUUAUGCCUACACCAUUACUGUUGCACUGUUCCUUUUUCUGGUUGCUUUAAUUGUCUUUUAAAACACAAUGUGUGGUUUUUAUUCCUCAGUAUUAAGAUCUUAUCCAAGAGUGGUCAUGGUUUUUGUAUGGCCAUUUUCACUGUGAUGGGCUGGAAAAAAGAAACAAAACAUUAGGAUUAGGAAUUCAGCAAUUUAUGUAUGAAAUAUAAUUAAAGAAUAAUUUUCUAAAAUAA